UUGAUGGCUUCUCUCACAGAACACAUAUACCAAAAAGUAAAACACUAAAGCUAAUUAGACCUUGUAUACAGUCCCCAUACGGAUUCUAGGUACAAAAAUAUUGGUUGACUCGGCCAUUCAAAUCGCCAUCUUCAGCCCUUUUUAUUCCCCAGAUUUUAGUUUUGCUCACAAGGAACCAGCAAAUAAAAGAGCAGACCCUUUUCACCUUUGGAUUCAAGAUUGCAAAGAAGUAAAAUGUAUCCAUGCUGUCUCAGGAAAAGGAGCUUGCUUAUAAUAAGUUGUUUCGUGAUCUUACUCCUGAGCUGCAUAGCCUUCACAUCAGAUUGUUGUUUCUCUCGCAGCAUCUCUUCGUUGAAGACACUUUACCUUGACGGUCACUUUGAGUUUGAAGACGUCCAUCAUGCAUCCAGAGAUUUUGGCAACAGAUACCAGUUGCUUCCUUUAGCGGUGUUGCAUCCAAAAUCUGUGAGUGACAUUGCCUCAACAAUAAGACACAUUUGGAUGAUGGGUCCUCAUUCCAAGCUUACAGUGGCAGCAAGAGGUCAUGGACAUUCACUUCAGGGCCAAGCACAAGCAUACCAUGGAGUUGUGAUUAACAUGGAAUCACUCAAGGACCAAAACAUGUAUGUACACGGUGGGGAAUCUCCAUACGUUGAUGUGUCUGGUGGUGAGCUGUGGAUAAACAUUUUACGUGAAACCCUCAGGUAUGGACUCACACCAAAAUCAUGGACAGAUUACCUACAUUUAACAGUAGGUGGUACUCUGUCCAAUGCUGGAAUCAGCGGGCAGGCAUUCCGGCAUGGACCACAAAUCAGCAACGUUCACCAGCUGGAGGUUGUCACGGGAAAAGGGGAGGUUGUGAACAGUUCAGAGAAGCAGAACAGCGACUUGUUCCGGGGAGUCCUUGGUGGACUAGGCCAGUUUGGCAUCAUAACACGGGCAAGAAUAGCAUUGGAGCCAGCACCAAUCAUGGUUAAAUGGAUUAGAGUGUUAUACCUGGAUUUUAAUGCAUUUGCAAGGGACCAAGAGUGUCUAAUUUCCGCAGAUAGCAAAUUUGAUUAUGUCGAAGGAUUUGUGAUCAUUAACCGGACUGGCCUCUUGAAUAACUGGAGGUCAUCCUUCACACCGCAAGACCCAUUGCAAGCCAGUCUUUUCAAGUCUGAUGGUAAGAGACUCUACUGCCUGGAACUGGCCAAGUACUUCAAGCUGGACAAGAAAGAUGCAAUCAACCAGGAGGUAAACGAAUCGCUAUCUGAACUCAGCUAUAUCUCAUCAACGCUUUUUCUAUCAGAAGUUACAUAUGAAGAAUUCUUGGAUAGGGUUCACAUGUCUGAGAUUGAACUACGAUCCAAAGGGCUAUGGGAAGUUCCUCAUCCGUGGCUUAAUCUACUUGUCCCACGAAGUAAGAUAAAUACCUUUGCUGAAGGUGUCUUUGGCAACAUCCUAACUGAUACAAGCAACGGUCCUAUCCUCAUCUACCCAGUGAACAAGACAAAGUGGGACAACGGAACAUCCGCUGUAAUACCGGAAGAAGAAAUUUUCUACUUAGUUGCAUUCCUUUCCUCGGCAAUUGCUUCCUCUUCAGGAAAGGAUAAUCUGGAACACAUCUUGAAACAGAACCAGAAAAUACUAGAGUUUUGUGCAGCAGCUUGUCUCGGGGUGAAGCAGUAUCUGGCGCACUACACCACAAAGGAAGAAUGGCGAGCCCAUUUUGGUACCCGAUGGGAAACUUUUGUCCGCAGAAAAUUUACUUACGAUCCCUUGGCAAUGCUUGCACCAGGGCAAAGGAUAUUUCAAAAAUCAGCAUCAUACUCAUAACCAGCAGCCACACCCAGAUCCAUUACAGUUUCACUUCUCAUACAACAUGCAUUCUAAGAAUGGCAUGUUUUUAGGCUAAGUAUAUCCAGCAUAUCCGUUAGACUAUCGUUAGUGUAAGUAAUUGGCAAAUAGGUUUCAUUGUUGAUCAGGUUUGUGAGAGCCUACGAGGCAUUAAAGAUAAGUAAGAUACUUAGGAUGUAUAUACUGAUUCUGUCCAAAAAAAAUAAAAAUUAAAGAAGUGACUAGCACAUUUUUCGGAGGCUGUUCAUAUGCGCGUGUACAUAUAUAUAUAUAUAUAUGUAUGUAUGUAUCCCUGAUUUCUUAAUUGUCAUCUACAAUGGUGUGAAGGAGAAGAAUUCUGAGUCUUA